AUGGGUGAAAAAAUGACAGACCUUUCCUACGUAGACUAUGUGAAGCGUCGAGCUCAGUCAAACCCUUGCAUAAAUGGUCUAACACAAUAUCUCGAGCGACAGGCAGCUUGUGCAAGCAAUAUCGUCAAAGUCGAUUACCCAAAUGCACUUUUUACUUCUUCAUUAGAUCCUAUUCGUGUCGAAGUACAAGAUUUGCCUGAGCUGGUUCACGCUGUACCCUCAGCCACUACUCGAUUUCUUCUAAUUGAGGAUAUUAACCCUCAACUGAUAGCGUUCUUGGGGAAGGCUCUAGAUAUCGAUCCCAUAUUCUUUGCGGACUAUGUCAACACUUGCUUUGAGAACAUCGAGGUAGCAGCACCCCCACCUUCUCUUGCCAUUCUGCCGUCGUUGUUAUCCCAACACGGCUACCUUCAUCUUCACUAUCAACAAGUGCUGAGUCUGGGUGACGCCAAAGCAUUCGAAGAUGUUGCGUACGCUCUGAAAACUCACACCAAUAUUACUCGCAAUAUUCGACGCCUCGCUCCUUUAUCAGGCAUACAGCUAGCUCUUGUCCGUGCCAGCUGUGCUUUACUUAUGAGGGAAAUUAAUGACGCUCGUGUCUGA